AUGGAGACCGGCACAAGCACUAGCAACAGUGGAAGCAGUAGAAACGAUGGCUAUGAAGCAAUCAAGAAUGGAUCAUGGUUUAAUCAGUUUCGCAAUGGUUGCAAUCCAUGGAUGGCUAGAUAUGUAUAUGGUUUCAUAUUCCUCAUCGCAAAUCUACUAGCUUGGGCUGCUCGUGAUUAUGGUCGGCAUGCCUUAAAUGAAGUGACAAAGUUUAAGAACUGUGAAGGCGGAGAAAACUGUUUGGGGACUGAAGGAGUCUUAAGGGUUAGCUUGGGAUGUUUUUUGUUCUAUUUCAUUAUGUUUCUAUCCACACUUGGCACGUCGAAAACGCAUUCAUCAAGAGAUAAAUGGCAUUCGGGAUGGUGGUCUGCUAAGCUUAUCAUGUGGCCUGCUUUAACCAUCAUUCCUUUCUUGCUUCCUUCUACAAUUAUUCGCCUUUACGGUAAGACGGUUUUUCUAUUGAUACAGCUAAUUAGUAUGAUCAGUUUCAUUACAUGGCUCAACGAGUGUUAUCAGUCCCAAAAAGACACAGAAAGAUGCCAUCUCCAUGUGAUGCUACUAGCAACUACUUCAUAUACAGUGUGUAUUGUUGGGGUGAUUUUGAUGUACAUAUGGUACGUUCCGGAUUCUACAUGUCUCCUUAAUAUAUUCUUCAUAACUUGGACGUUGUUCCUCAUCCAGCUCAUGACAAGCAUCGCUCUCCAUCCUAAAGUGAAUGCUGGAUACUUGACUCCAGCUCUUAUGGGACUCUAUGUUGUGUUUAUCUGCUGGUGCGCCAUUCGAAGUGAACCAGUGGGAGAAAGCUGCAACAGAAUAUCAGCAGCUUCAAGCAGAACGGAUUGGCUUACAAUCAUUAGUUUUGUGGUUGCUUUACUUGCGAUGGUAAUUGCAACAUUUUCGACGGGAAUAGACUCUCAGUGUUUCCAAUUCAAGAAAGAUGUGAAUAGUCAAGGUGAAGAAGAAAAUGAAGAAGAGAAAGAUGGGAUUCCGUAUGGAUAUGGAUUUUUCCAUUUUGUAUUUGCCACAGGAGCAAUGUACUUUGCUAUGCUACUCAUCGGUUGGAACACUCAUCACCCCAUGAAAAAGUGGACGAUUGAUGUGGGAUGGACGAGUACUUGGGUACGGAUUGUGAAUGAGUGGCUUGCGGUUUGUGUAUACAUUGUGUUGAUGAAAUGUUAUGACAGUUUGGAUGCUGGUGGCUCCAAUCGUACUGAAGAGCAGAAGGGAAAGGUCAAGUAG